CUCCAGACAUGUUCUAAAAUUUAAUCGUCGGGGUCACGUGGUUCAGAUCGGUUUUUUUCACUCAAGUACCCGCUUGUGCAUGAAAUAAUGCACGGAAUGACAUCUGAAGUUUGUUUUACUCCAACGAAAACUGGAAAGUCGCCAUCGGACCUUAUUAUUGCUACUGUAGUUUAGAAAAAAGCGAAAACAAAACAAAAUAUCUUAACACAAUUAAAAGUAUACAUAUCAACAAGAAUUAUACGUACACAAUUUGAUACUUAAACUUUAUAAAACUUAUAGACGCAUCUGUUAUCCAUCUGUUUAUCUUUUUAUUGUAAUGGAUUUGAAAAUUGCUGUAUACUAGUAAAUAAUUUACAUAAAUGAAUCUUGUUUUGCUCCGAGGAAUAUGAGGCUAUAUAAAGUAAAUAAUAACACUUUAAACGGCAGUAUACAAGUAAUCUGCGUUAAGCCGAACAUAAGAGCUACAAACACUUGUAAACAAACUAGCUUGUAUAAUAUUUUCUUUCUCGUUUUUUUUAGAUAGAACAAUGGACGCCGAAACGCUCGCACGCUCAUUUUCUGUGCCGGAUUUUGUUGUUUUUGGACUUCUUAUAUUUAUUUCUGUUGCAAUAGGAGUAUUUUUCGCAUUACGGGAUAAAAAACAUAACACGACGGAAAAUUAUUUCCUUGGGGAUAGAAAACUGAGUUCGCUGCCAGUGGGAUUGUCUUUUGUUGUGUCAUUCCAGUCGUCCAUCUUAAUUUUGGGAUUUCCGGCGGAAGCAUACGCCUAUGGUCUCCAGUAUGCCAUGCAAUGUGUUGGUGUCAUUUGUGGCUAUCUACUUGCUGCGCUUAUUGUUGUACCGAUAUUCCACCCUCUGAAAGUCACCAGCGUGUACGAGUACUAUUUUCUACGUUACAAAACUAAUUCUGUACGUUACGUUGCCGUUACGUUAGGUGUUAUCCAUUAUACGUUCUACAUGGGCAUUGUUAUGUAUGGUACAGCGUUGGCCUUGGAAUCAGUCGCCAAACUACCAAUGUGGUCAUCAAUUCUUAUCUUCUCAACGUCUUCCAUCAUCUACACGUCCAUUGGAGGAUUCAAGGCCGUCAUAUGGACUGACGUCUUUCAAUCCCUCGUCAUGCUUGUAGGCAUACUUGCAGUUCUUAUAAAAACUACAACAAACGCUGGAGGCAUGUCAAACGUGCUCACAUUUAGCAAGUCUCGCCUGAACUUCUUCAACUUUGACCCAGAUCCAACAUUACGUCAUACUUUCUGGACGCUUGUGAUUGGUGCCCCUUCGCAGUUUCUCCAUCUAGCUAUAACUCAAGCCGGGAUACAGAGAAUCAACUCAACUCCGAGUAUCGGAGCUGCACGGAAAAUAUUUUACAUCGCAGCACCUAUAUAUUCACUAACAUGGAUUUUAGUUAUGAUUCAGGGUCUCGGGAUAUUUGCAUAUUUUUCGAACAAAGGUUGUGAUCCACUUGCAUCUGGUCAAGUAGAAAACUUGAAUCAAAUUAUUCCAUUCACAAUCCUUGAAUUGUUUCAUAAUUAUCCAGGUUUACCGGGGCUAUUUAUAGCUGCUUUAGCAGCGGCUUCACUCAGCACAAUUUCUUCAGGUUUAAGUAGUCUUUCCGCGGUUACGUACGAAGAUUUCAUCAAAGUUUUUCUGAAAGAUAUUUCAGACGAAAAGGGGGCUAAUAUAUCUAAGGCUGUUGUUGUAAUCUAUGGCCUUAUAUCGGUCGGAUUUGCCUUUUUACUUUCAAACGUAGAAGGUCCAUUAGGACAAAUAAUGGCGAGUUUCAUGGGGGCAAUAACAGGCCCAGAAUUAGGACUUUUCCUAACCUCAGUAUUCUUUCGAAGAGCUCGAGCAAAGGCAGUUAAUGUAAGUACAUUUAUUGGAAUCUGUCUUGUUCUUUGGAUGAUUAUAGGUCAGAAUUUUUCAGCUUCCAUCCCAAAAACGCCUUAUCUCCCUCUUGGGCCUACAGACCAAUGUCCUAUUUCAGAAACGUACAAUAUUUCAAACGUUUUUGAUAAUUUGAAUCAGACAUUUGUAAAUAUUAGUACAACUAUUUCAAACGUUACGCCUUCUCUGAAUCAGACGGCCGCAACCGCCCACACCGCCCGCACCGGACUCGAAACAUUUUACUCCAUUUCUUACAUGUACUUUCAUUUGAUUGGCUGUAUAUUGGUGAUAUUCUUGAGCGUGGUCAUUAGUCUUUUAACCCAGCCUGAAUUUCCCGAACCAGUCAGUGAUAAAACUGUACUUCCUUUUUCCAUUUUUGUACCCCCAUGUUUGAAGUGCAUUUCCGACCCUGAUUCUGAUUUAUCGGAUAUACAAGAACGUGAAAGUAUGAUUCAAAUGAAACAUACUCGAGGGCAAAGUAACAAAAAUGUAUGAAUUGUUUACACAUACAUAUGCUUGUUAAGCAUACUUGCUUAAGAAAUCUUCAGAGAAUGUAUAUAUUGUUUUUUCUCUCUCAGUACAUAUAUUUGUAAAUGGACAUUAUUUCAAUAAAACAUAUCUUUAUAGAUGUCAGAUAUAAUACAGGUAUGAUUGCCUUAGAAAGUACAUGUAGAAAUAGAACAUAUUUGUUGAUCAUCUGAUUAAGAUAACGAAAUAAUAAUAAUAAUAAUAAUAAUAAUAAUAAUAAUAAUAAUAAUGAUAAUAAUAAUAAUAAAGUUAUGUAAGAAAGUGUCGUUGCAUACAUUUAUUUCCAUAAUUUGUUUUUGGUUCUUCAUUUUACAUCGUCAAAGUCGAAAGAAGCAAGGUCUCUUCCUUCAACCUUUUAACAGUAAUUUCGUAAUUUACUCUUGGUCCUUUCUUUUCUGUUUGUAUCCGGACGGAAACUCCUUAUUGAAUACGCAUCGCCCGAAUCAUCACGUGCCAUAUUUUUAGGCUUGUAGACUUUGUUGCCUACUGUUUCUAAUUUUGCAAAAUUUGUCCCGAUAAAAAAGUUGCUUCUUUUUCUAAACAGACCUUUGUAUAUCGGUACACCCAAAAUGAA